AGGGCAACUCCUCUCUUCACUACAGUUCUGGUGACGGACCCCUCAGCUGCACACCACCCUGUCGGCUUUUCUCAAGACUGCACUGAAUAUCUGAAGCAAUGGCUGUUGUGAGCGGAACGUACCGUAUGGUGUCAGAGGAGGAGCAGGCCCUCAGAGCCAAGCUGGAGCAUCUCACGAUCAAAGACCAUGGGGCGGUGUUCGGACCCUGCGCCAAGCUGCCUGACCACACCAUACAGAAGGCAAAAGAUGAGCUAAAUGAGACGGAAGAGAAAAAAGCAUCAGCUGUGACGGAGCUGAGGGGCAUCAUAAAGGAAAAAGCAGGAAGUGGAGAUGACCUGGCCAAGGCAGUGCAGGACACUUUUGGAGAAAAACCUGAUGGUGUGCUUGUGAGGUUCAUUCGGGCCAGAAAAUAUGAUGUGUACAGGGCUUUUGACCUCAUGAAGGGUUACGUCCGCUUCAGGCGAGAUUACCCGGAGCUGUUUGAAAACCUAAGCCCGGAGGCUGUACGCAGCACCAUCGAAGCUGGUUACCCAGGAAUCCUGUCCAGCAGAGACAAAUAUGGCCGUGUGGUGCUGCUCUUCAACAUUGAGAACUGGGACUAUGAAGAGAUCACCUUUGAUGAGAUCCUUAGGGCCUAUUGUGUGAUCCUGGAGAAGCUGCUAGAGAAUGAAGAGACCCAGAUCAAUGGCUUCUGCAUCAUUGAGAACUUUAAGGGCUUCACCAUGCAGCAGGCCUCAGGCAUCAAGCCCACAGAGCUGAAGAAGAUGGUGGACAUGUUGCAGGACUCUUUCCCUGCUCGUUUCAAAGCUGUACACUUCAUCCACCAACCCUGGUACUUCACCACCACCUACAAUGUGGUCAAGCCCUUUUUGAAGAGCAAACUCCUGGAGAGGGUGUUUGUCCAUGGAGAUGAGUUGGACACCUACUACAACGAGUUUGAUCCUGAGAUCUUGCCAUCAGAGUUUGAUGGCAAAGGCUCCAAAUAUGAUGGCAAGGCAACAGCAGCGAAACUUUUUGACUGAGGAACAUGGUAACCAUUAUGAAAUAGUUCAUGAUGUAAUUCUAGUUGUUUGUGUCGUGGCAUAUUGAAAUGCUGGUAUACGUUUGUGACGAUGAUGAACUUGAAUAAAGCCUGCAGCACUGUUCAGUUCAAUUCUGCAAGCAUGCCAAAUGAACACUUGAAAAAAAUGAUGACUGAAAAACAAUAAGUAUUUAAUGAGCUCAUGGCACUGAAACAUGGCCAUUCUCUGUGUUAAGUUUUCUAGGAGCUUUUCUUCUGGCCUGGGAAGCCCCACAGCCCCGUAUUUAAGGUACCUUUCUUAAGAGAGAGAAACAACAGACGUGUCAUCUUUCAGAAAGUGCUUGUUUCUGUUUGCUGUACUUUUAUUUAGCUGAGUGCACCAAAAUAUGAGAAAAUAAAUGUCUGUAAUGUUAUCCCUAAAUGAUGUGUACAAUAAAAUAUAUAAAGAUG